GAGGACAGGUCACAAUUCCCGGACGCAUUUAACGAUUGAUCAAUCCAUACGCCAGUACUUGACGACACGUAUCGCCUCACAAGCUCGCUGCGUCUCUUAUCCUCUCACCCUCACCUCUCCACUCCAGCAUCAUGUCCAAGUAUAAUCAGAAACCAUUCACUCAGGAGGAGAAACGCAAGGCCAUUGAACAAUACUCUGAGAAGAUCCAGUACAGCGCGAGAUACUCUAAUGACGAAUGGGAAUACAGGCACGUCAUUAUCCCCAAACCAUUGCUCCGAUUCACACCUCCUGGCGUCUGUCCAGAAGACGUCUGGCGUGGUCUGGGCAUAAGACAGUCUCCAGGUUGGGAAAUGUACAUGCGUCACGAUCCAGAACCUCACGUCCUCCUCUUCCGCCGACCGAAAAACUACGACUUGAUCCAUCCCCCAUUCUCAGCAGUAGGCGCAGCUCGACUCGUCAAUGUGGGCAAAAAUUGAUCUGGCCCCCUCUCGACUGCGGACGACUGCAUGUCGAAACGAUCCACCAUCCGCGCAUGCCUCCUCCCAAAAGCUGUAAACCCCCUCUCUCGCCUUGACCAAGCAUGAUUCCUCUGGCGACACACAUUCGCCCAAGCAUAUUUUGUUCAUUGAGCAUAUUUAGUCACGUUUCUCUUUCCUUCGUUCCU